AUUGUCGAGGGUAGAAAACGUUAGAAGGAACGUACUAUAUACGAAAGGACCCCCACCCUCGGUAUGUGACACCAAGUUUUAUAUUAUGUGAACCCUCUGACAACCCCUCAGGUAAUACGUCGCAUAUACACACGCGUGUGCGGUGGUAACGCUCGAAGAAACGCCCUUCGUGCAUCUGCUCUUCAGGAAGCUCGUGUGGCAGUUCGUUGGAAGCAACCGUACCGUACAGAUCGAACGCAUUUCAACAUCGGACUUUGCCCCCGCAACAGAGACUCGGCCAGUUUCUCACGCCAAAGUGAAGACAAAUUUUCCACAGUAGCGGUGUAUCGAAGAAAUAAUGGAAAAAGUUUGAAAGUCAGUGUGUUUCGCGACUGUUGUGAAACGGAACAGAAAGAAGAAAAUGUGCAAGGUACACCGCACUUCCACGAAAGAUAUCGCCUCGCCGCCUGUACAAACGGUAACAUUCUCCCUCGAAACUUGGACAUCGCCAACCUACGUCAGCAACGUUUUCCUGAUUGUCGUCAAUCGGAAAAAUAAAUAAGUGGCAGAAUAAAAUAAAAUUCUUCGGAAACCACGAGAACCCACGUUCUAAAUGUGCGCAGAGAUCUUCGCGCGUGUCUCAAUAAAGUUUACUCGCUCAACGAAUUACUAAAACAUCGGACACCGAGUAAAGACUCUGAGACCAAUAAACGAGCAAUCUCCAAACCCCAAUCUCCAGAAACUUUGAUGAAAAUUGAACGAAACUAUCCGAGACGAUAAAAUGAUGGCUCAAACGACAGAACCGAGUCCGGUGCACUGUUACACGAAUCCCUCGUUCUGCCGACAAUCGGAAUACAUACCGGAAGACCAAACUUCUGAUCUACCGCCGCCGCCUCAUUUCCAAAACAAUGACGAGCUACCACCACCGCCUCCGCCGUUGCAGUUGCAGUACAACGGUGGUCAAAGCAACCCCGCGUUUCAAGAACCAGGCGUGGAGGGUAGGAUCGAGAACACGGAUAGCAGAGACAGAUACUGUUACCUCGAGGCUAACAGCAAUUCCACGCAUCGAAGGUAUGGAAGCGUUCCGGUGGAUGGACAUCGCGCGAUGUACAAUCAAAGUUCAAGGUACGAGUACAUACAGGACGAACAGAGGGGUCAGAUACAGAGGAGGGGUUCGCUGAGGUACGAGUUCAUUCCACACCAGCAGGUGCAACAACGUUCUGCACCGGUGACCAACCAAGACGACGGGCGGGAACUGCAGAUGCAAAAUUGUCGGAACAACAGCGGAAGAUACGCCGUUGUACCGGGUGAUCCGGAUUAUCAGGACGAGGAGACCGCGUGGAACACGUCGCAGCGUGUUUCUACGACGCGGAGGCAUAUCAACACGCCACAGGGUCGUUACGCUAGAGUGCCGUUGCAAGAAGAAGACCCUCCAGCUCUGCCGGAACGAAACGCCCAAGAACUAUCGGUUUCCCCGAGAAACAAUUUAGCUACACAAAAACUGCACGAGAUAUUGACCACUCCGAGGAAGCCUCGAUCCAGAUCCGAAGAGAGAACUCUAUCCCCAAAGAGACAACAUUCGUUCAAUCAAACCGGCACCCCACAAAGAAGAGCACUCACUCCGGGUGGUUCCCCAACUGGUCGAACAUUUAGUCCUACGCGUUCCACGCCUCAAGGAACACCACACAAUCGUACAUACUCCAUGGGACCUCAAACUUCCACCCCUAACAAAGAGCCAUCGGCGCGAAGGUGCUUGCCAUUAUUAGAAAACCCGUCUCGACAGCAGGAUGUCUGUCCAGCCAGCAACUGUGGGAGACUACGAUACAUUGGCACGGCUCCGGUUGACCUUGUAACGAUGGGUCAUGGUGACCCACCGCCUCGUUACGCGUACUUGGAAAAUGGACCAGAAUCUAUGCCAAUGGUAUCCGGUUCACCAAAGUAUCAAGUGAUACCAGCAGGACAGAAAAGAAACGCGUACCAAAGCAUAGAAAGUGCCUUUAUCGCUAGAACCGCAGUGGUUCCACCACUGUCACCACCGAACAGUGACGCAAAUACAACCUUGGCUAGCGGUUUGGAGAAGAACGACAGAAGAAACGCACCGCUCUUGUUGGUCUUGGUUGGUAUUUUAACAUGCGGUUUGGCUUUGUACUUGUCUUGGACGCAAGGAAGAAGAUAUUAUUACGACAGUGCAGCAGGUUGCGGGGCCUGCUGCGCCCUAGCUGGCGCUUGUAGAACAUUAAGAAAGACUUGGACAGGACUUGGACUCGCAGGAUUGUCGGCACUAAGCUGUGCAGGACUUCUGUUACUCGCUGCCAAAUCUCCCAAAUCUGGCACCCCUCUGCACGAUGUCACGGCUGGUGCUUUGUGCGGAGUUUCCCUCUUGGGUGCUAUUUUGGCGCUAAUCGCGCUUUUGUCACCAAGGUGCAAUUUAGGACGACACAGAAGAGUGCAUUCUUGGAUUCCUCGACUGUCACCCUGACUCUUACAUUCAGCUUGUCUCUUGCGUUCUUGAAAUGUAUAGAAUACGACACACCUCACGUAUUUGGGUGUAUAAAUUGUUUAAUGCAAGAAUGAUGGAGGUGAAAACAAUUAAUUGCUAAUAAUGAAAUAAAUUAAAGGUUCUAUACAAUACAAUGCAAUAAUGUUAAAGAAUAUUAAACAUGUUAUAAAUUAAUUAAUCUAUAUCUCCAGCUAGUUCAAGUAAAAAUGUCUCAAUUCAAGUUUAAGACACGUACACAGUGUGACAAGAUAUCUGAAAAUUGCCAAAAAUUCGUGAGAUGUGUCUUAUUAUAUACAAUUACUAUUAACUUUUACACAAUGAAAUGUUGUCUGAUCAGACAUUGAAAUCCUAGUCUGCUGUUUCAUCGACGGUAUGAAUGAUUAUAUAGAAGUAAUGUUGAGGGAGUGUAAUGUAAGAAAACAAUUUAUGCUCAUGAUGUAUUAUCAUCAGACUGCGAAUGUUUACGCGUUUUUAAAUUUUUAUAAAUCAAAC